UAAAGUCAAGGUUAUAUACAACUUCUUCAAUAGAUACUGAUAGAGUAACAGAUAUUAAUGGAGAUAAAGAAGUAACAGAUGUUAAUGGAGAUGAAGGAGUAAUGGAUAUUGAUGAAGGUAAAAGAGUAAUGGAUGUUGAUAGAGGUAAAAGAACAAUAGAUAUUAAUAGAAGUGAAAGAAAAACUUGGUCUUCAAAAUCUAUUUCAAAACUAUUAUCAUCAUCACUUGCAGCUUCUUGUUUAAAUAUUGAUUUACAUUAUUAUAGUUUUCUUGGUUAA